AUGCGAGAUGUAAUUUACUGCGCCGGUCCAUUUUCCCGGCCGGCUCUUAUCGAUCUCCCGGUGCCCGGGGUGCGCGGGGAAGGGUGUAAGCGAUCUGUACUGCACGGAAAAUGUAUUGCUAACUGGAGAUAUCAUAGCACCGCAAAGCAUGGAGCCGACCGCUUCCUAAUUCUUCAGGUUACCCAGUGGUCAAGGGAAGCAGUGGUUUUGGAGGCUACGCGACUAAGGUGGGCAGCACGU